AUGUCAGUCCAAUCAGACGAUCCGCUGGAACCCUUCUAUUUCGAGCACGAGGAUCAGGUGAUUUGCGGACAGUCGGUUAGCCCCAUAACAGAUGGCUUCCAAGAGGAUUACCCCAGCGUUGUGGAUCGGUUCUUUACCAGAUAUUACUACUUUAAAGGGGAUGUGCCUUACCAAGUGCUCUACCACUCCAAUCGCAUUUGCCUGGUCUGCCUGGCUCCCGAUCAUCCUGCUCUAUGUCAGGGCAUCUCCACGGUGAACUUCGAUAUUGGAAACGUAGAUCGCAGCCAGAAUGUGGUCAAAGGCAAGGGAAAAAAGGGCGGAAUGAUUCUUCAGGCGGAGUCCACCUUGGCUCUGCUAACCACCGAUACAGGUGAGACCUUCAAGGUGCCUAGCUGCAUUCGGGGCAAACUGGUGGAGGUAAACACCGCCUUGGUGCAGGAGCCCAAACUUCUGGAGCAACUGCCCGAAGGAGCUGGCUUCUUUGCCAUCCUUUUGCCCAAAAUCGAGAACUGCGAUGCAAUCAAGGCGAGCCUACUGACCCAGGAGCAAUACGAGGAGCGUCUAAAGAUCAUAAAGGAGAAGAAAUCUAAAAUCGAGAUCAGCGAUGACAAACAAGACAGUCUUCGGACCGAGGAGCCUUUACAGAUCGUUCAAAUAAAUCUGGAAACGUGAUUCUGACCUAAGUUUUUCCUGUUCAACUUGUCUAAUAAAGUCUAUGUAUUUAUACAUAAA